CCAAAGCCAUCAAUUUUCCCCCCACAAAAGGACACGUCAGCUAGGCCACUCUCCAUAUCUAACAUUCACAAGCCACAAGAAGAAAGAGGAGCAGAGAAAACAGUAAUGGCUUCAACUGCAUGCUUCUUGAACCCCAAUGUACUCUCUACUAGUACCAGAUCAUCAUCUCAACGUUAUGCGCCAUCGUUCAAGCCUAGCCACUUAGUUUGCCGCGCCCACAAACAGGAUGAUGACAACAAUUCUUUUCCUAUCUCUCGUAGAUUGGCUCUCACCAUCCUAAUUGGUGCUGCUGCUAUAGGCUCCAAGGUUUCCCCUGCCGAUGCAGCCUACGGCCAAGCUGCUAACAUUUUUGGGAAGCCAAAGGAAAACACAGAUUUCUUGCCCUAUGAUGGAGACGGAUUCAAGUUAUCAAUUCCCUCAAAGUGGAAUCCAAGCAAAGAAAGAGAGUUCCCUGGUCAGGUUCUGAGGUAUGAGGACAAUUUUGAUGCCACCAGCAAUGUAUCUGUUAUGGUAACCUCUACUGACAAGAAAUCUAUCACCGACUAUGGUUCUCCUGAAGAGUUCCUCACCAAGGUGGACUAUCUCCUAGGAAAGCAAGCCUACUUCGGAAAAACUGAUGCAGAGGGUGGAUUUGAUGCCAAUGCUGUGGCAACUGCAAACAUAUUGGAGACAGACACCCAAGUUAUUGGUGGAAAAAAGUACUAUUUCUUAUCUGUGCUGACGAGGACGGCUGACGGAGAUGAGGGCGGCAAACACCAACUGAUCUCAGCCACAGUGUCUGAUGGGAAGCUAUACAUUUGCAAGGCUCAAGCUGGAGACAAGAGAUGGUUCAAAGGUGCGAGGAAAUUUGUGGAGAGCACAGCAAGUUCAUUCAAAAUUGCUUGAUAUGGGAUGUGGAUUAUUUGUAUGUAAUUUCACUUAUAAAUAUGAUCUUUGAUGAAUUGAGUUGUUCAAAACUUGGAGAAAGCUAAUAUGGAUAAUUCAGCACUAUUUUUGCACA